AUGUGUGGUGUGGUGACGAUGGAUAGUCGACGGCUGCAUUACCCUGGCUACCUUGCCCUAGUGCUCAUCAUGGAGUCCGAUCGGAAUCAGGCCAAUGCUGGCAAAUGCAAUCAAAUGGUUCAUCGUGCACGAUUUAUGCAAUUUAUACCUCAAAGCAUUGAAUGGAUUGCUGUGGAUGAAGUAGAAAAACCGUUCAAGCUCGCAUUAGCCAGAUCGGAUGGUAGCAUUGAAAUUUGGAGAUAUCUUGAUAGAUGGUUCCAAGAAGGGGUUAUUCCUGGUAUUACUGGAACAUCUCUUAGGUCGUUAUUGUGGAUCAACGGCCGCCUUUAUUCUGCUGGUCUUCACGGGAGUAUUGCAGAAUGGGAUAUCAAACGAUUAAGAAUGAAGGCAAGUACUGCGUCUGGAGCUGGAUCGAUUUGGUGUAUGGCAUGCAAUCACAGCAAAACAACUUUAGCGAUCGGCUGUCAGGAUGGUUCUGUUAGAUUGUUUGCUGUUGAUCCGGAAUUAGCUUUAGAGAAAGUAUUCAUUAGACUUGAAUGCCAAGUCGUAUCGCUUGCAUGGAGCUAUGAUGACGAUGUUAUUGUAACUGGAACAGAUAAAAGUAUGAUGUGGAUUUGGGAUGUUAGCACAGGUACUUCCAAAAUGAGAAUAACUUUAGAUGAAUUUCAGAAAAAAUCGACGGUUGUAUGGGCAGUAACCAUAAUGAAGGACAAAACCAUCAUUAGUGCGGACUCUUUAGGCAAAAUACAAUUUUGGAAUGGAAAUUUCGGCACCUUAAUUUCCGCAUUUCAAUGUCAUCAAGCAGAUGCUUUGACUCUAUGUCUGAAUAAGGAUUCAAAAUCGGUUAAAUGGGUAAGAUCCGGAUUUUCAACUCGUGGUCAUACUCAUGAUGUCAACUCUUUAGCUAUGGCUGAAAUUAAAACUGACAAUUGGGUGGUAAUUUCAGGAGGGGUUGAUGGUAGCCUUGUAAUGCAUAAAAGUCAUGCUUUUGGAUUGAAACCACCUAUAAAAGUGGUACCAUUUCCACAGUAUCCCGUAGUUUCUCAUGCAGCUAAGAAUAAUAUUGUCCUCUAUCAAAAGCAACGUUCACUCCAAUUUUGGUCUUUAGGAUCGGCCGAGAGACCGGCCGUAAAAAGUGCUCAUAGAAUGUGCUUUACAUCGGAUGAUUGUAAAUUAAUAAUCGCAACCACAAAUGGUAUUAUUCAGGUAUUGGAACUCAGACCAGAAGGCGUCUCUCUUCAAUUGGAAUAUAAUAUUCAAAAUGAUAUAGAGGAUUUUGGACCUGGUGUAUCCCUUUGCUGUAGCUGCGACACUAAUUUGGUCGCUUAUGCCGAUAGCUCUGGCCAGAUAUUUGUAUUCGAUGUAUCGGAAGAAGAGAAAUAUUGUGAAGUACCAAGAUUUGAUGCUCAGCCUGCAUGCGUAUCUUUCCAACCAGAUAGUCAUAUAUUAGCAAUUGCCUGUGUUAAUAAUCAGAUUCAACUGUACGACUGUGAUGAAAAAGAGCUGACCCAAUGGUCAAAGGAAUGCAUUAUGCGUAGCAUGCCUAAGGAUUGGUAUAAAAGUGAAGUUAUGGUUCAUAUUACUUUCGAUCCAAGUAAUUCUUCUCGUAUCAUGUUACAUGAUUGUAAGGCUCUGUACUUCAUUGACCUUGUCAAGCCCAUUCCUUCGGUCGAUGCUGUUUUAUCUUCCAAAAAGAGGAAGCGAAAGAGAAGUAAAGCCGUUUCUGAUUUGUCUCCUGUUGCAGAUAAUUUUGUAAUAUAUGAUCGAUAUAAGCUUAUUUUGCAUGCAGAUUACUUGUCUGAUGGUAGUAUAUACGUAGUGGAGAUACCUCCUUUUUCAAUGUUGGAGAGUCUACCGCCUGUUUUGGAAAGGAAAGUUUUCGGAACCUGA